AUGCGUUUACUUGUCGUCCUAGCGGCGACGAUCUCGCCGGCAUUGGCAUUUUGGCGUUUGCCAUGCCGCGGUCGUGUGGGACUGGGUCCUAUCGAUCCUAUUGUCAACCCUGGCAAACGCUCCAGUCACGUUCAUGCGCUUCAUGGAGCAGGAAAUCUUGGCUUGACCAAUACAUAUGAGCAGCUCAGGGAAUCUGAAUGCACGUCUUGUGAAGUUCUGGAAGAUAUGUCUGUAUACUGGGCGCCCGCAUUGUAUUUUGAGCAUCCAGACAAAUCCACAGAGCUGCUUAACCAGGUUGGCGGUAUGCUGGUGUACUACCUUCAACGGCACGAGCCUAAAGAGAAAGUCCAUGCGUUUCCUCCCGGUCUGAGAAUGGUUGCUGGCAGCACCUUCCAACGUAACUAUACGGACGCUCAGAAGAACAUUGGGUUUACUUGCUUGAACUAUGACAAACAUCCCAAACCUUACCCUAUUCCUCACACGUUGCCUGAUAAAAAUUAUAUUGACACCAAUUGCAAGCACGGAGUUCGUGCCGAACUCUUCUUCCCUUCCUGUUGGGAUGGAGUGCGGACUGAUUCUCCAAAUCAUAAAGACCAUAUGGCCUAUCCAAGUCGCAUUGACAAUGGUUUCUGUCCUCCCGGUUACCCCAUCCGUCUGGUAUCUAUAUUUUUUGAGACGAUUUGGGAUACCAGCGCCUAUAAAGGGAAGCCUGGAAGAUUUGUCUUCUCCAACGGUGACCCAACAGGUUAUGGCUAUCACGGCGAUUUCAUGAAUGGCUGGGAUGAAAAAUUCCUGCAGAAGGCAGUGGACGAAUGCACCAGCAAUUCUGGAACUGUGCAGGAUUGUAAACAGUUCACUCUUCAGAGGGAUAAUGUGCAGAACAAGUGCAAGAUGCGCACUCCAUCAAUACUUGAGGGUGAGACCUUCACCCGGCGCGCGAAUGGACUGCCAGAAAAUGUUCCCAUUUCGGACGGCCCGGGUUCCACAAAACCGGGCAACCCGCCCCCAGAAACCAAGCCACCGACUGGUGAGGAUCCCAGCGACAAGCCCGGCAACAAACCACCCACUGACGACAAGGGCAACAAACCACCAACCGACGACAAACCCGGCAAUGAGCCGCCCACUGACGACGAGCCCGACAACAAACCACCCACUGACGACAAGGGCAACAAACCACCAACCGACGACAAACCCGGCAAUGAGCCGCCCACUGACGACAAGCCCGACAACGAGCCACCAACUGACGAGACUCCAGGCAACCAACCUCCCCCCGAAGACCACGAGCCUGGUUGCGAGACACCAACCGGGUAUCCCGAAACGGAACUACCCACGCCCACCAACCCACCCGUCGUUAAACCAGUCGACCCGCAACCCACCGAGGUGCCUCCACCCGGGGUGACUGAUGCCCCCGACGGCGAGUGUCCCGCUGGGGAAAUAGUGGCAACGAGCUGGUCCACCAACGGCAACUCAGUGUACAAGAUUAACUAUUAUCAGCAAACCGUUAUAGAGACCAUCACAGCUGCUGCUGCUGUUGAGACCGCACCUGCUCAGGCCCAUGCCCGCAUGCAUAAGAGACGCUUCCAUCAUCACUAG